GGUAAUUCCGAUCCUGCGAUUGUGUGGUAUUCAACUGUUCAUCAUUUAAAUGUUCACAAACAAUCAAAGGCAGGAAGAGCGCACGGGGAAGUAUGGAACUCCCAGAGUGCAAUACCUUCAGGAACUGGUGUCUCGGUUUCAAAAUGCAUCAGAUGAAGAGACAAAAGAGCAGAUAGUUGCUAAUUUGGCAAACUUUGCAUAUGAUCCAUACAAUUAUACUUUUUUGCGCCAGCUUAAUGUUAUAGAGCUUUUCCUCGAUUGUAUGACCGAGGAGCCUAACGAGAGGCUUGUGGAAUUUGGUGUUGGAGGAAUCUGCAAUUGCUGUGCAGAUCCAGCGAAUGCUGCACUUGUCACUCAGAGUGGUGGGAUCCCUCUUGUCAUACAAUGCCUAUCAAGCCCUGUUAGAAACACGGUGAAUUACAGUCUUGGGGCAUUGUAUUAUCUUUGCAAUGCAUCGAACAAGAAAGAAAUCUUGAAGCCGGAAGUAGUAGAUGUGAUCAAAAGGUAUGCUGCAGCUGGUGAAGUUAGUGUAAGUUUCAGUAAUCUGGCACAAGCGUUCUUGGAUAAGCACAUCUCAGACCUCAAGUAAGUUGUCACUGUCGAAUAUUUAUGUAUGCAGUUUGAAAAAGAACUUAUAAUUCUUUUGAUAAA